AAUAUAUGUAUCCCUGAAUAUAGGCCUAUAGUGCUAAAUCAUUUGUUCAUCCAUGCAAAAUCUAUUUUUUUCAAUCAAAAGUGUUCAUAAACUUUUAAGAUCAUGGCGGACAAGCAAGUCAAAGUAGCUUUGUGGGGAGUGCCUCGAACGAUGUCGACGGUUUUUACAAAAUGCAUCAGUGCCAUUGACGGGAUUGAAGUCUAUCUAGAGCUUUAUUCGUAUUCUAAAGCAGCUAAUGGCAUUUUCAAAUCAGCGACCGGGCGUGACCUGCCGAAGAAACUUGAAGGGAACGAGGCGGUGUACGCAGAAGUCGUAGAGGUGUUUAAGAAGGAAACCAAUAGCACUUUGAUACCAAAAAGAAUUUCAUGUUGUGAAAUCAAACGUGAUUUGGAGACCACCAAGAGUAGGUUCGUCUUUAUAAAGGAGAUGGCCUUUACCGAUUACAUCCUAGAGUAUCUUCCUGAAGGCUUCAAGCACGUCUUCCUUAUUAGAGAACCAACGAAGGUCUACACGUCUUUCCGGAAAGGACUGAUGGCAUUGGGAAUGUUUAAUAUUAAUGAAGAUGAUGUCGACGUCAUACGCGACGAUAAAACACAAAUACAGCCGUUGUCGUGGUACAAGGAACAGCAUCGGUUCUGGAAUUAUGUUAAAGAAAAUCUCGACCCCAACCCCAUCAUCAUUGACGCUUACGAUCUAGCCAUGAACCCGCAAGGGAUCUUGAAACGAUUCUGUGAAGCUGUUGGAUUCCCCUACAGUGAUGACCUUCUGCUGUGGUCGCCGAGUCACGAGUUCCCGGAGAACUUCGUGACGGCUGGCGAAAACCUCUUCAAGUCGUUCUCUGUGAUGUAUAAGACGGCAUUCAGCAGCACACAUUUCAUGGCGCCUUCCGAAAAGGGACCAUUACCACGUGAUCAGCUGACAGAUGACGUCAUCCAAUGUGUGGAGUAUUCCAAUCCAUUUUACCAUGAGAUGUACAGGGAGAGAAUGCAAGUCUCUUGAAAAUGCCUUGUUCCUGCUCUAUACAAAUUAAGAGAGCUAGUGCAUGCGGCAACAUUUAUUCGUUUUCUUUCUUCCUUUGUUAAUUUUCAGCGUCCCCCAUGAGGAGUAGGUCUACACUAUCCAAAAUAUCACAAUGAUGUAAUUAAGAUGGUUUGAAAGAUAAUGGGAUGAUCCCCUAUAUAUAUUGCAUAAGGUGAAACCAGUUAUCCAAUGUAGGCCUACAUGGUUUCACGUCCUACCCAAUGCACUAUUUACUUGAUUAUGUGUGUUGGCAAUUUUUGUUUAAUUGUUUGCCUAUUUUCUUUUGAUAUUUUUGGGGGGCUAAAUGUUGCAUUUUCGGCACGAUUUAAUCGUUAAAAAAUGAAAACUGUUACCAAAAAUUACAUAAAAAAGACACUGGAUCGUGCUCUAAAAUGUGAUAACUGAAUGUGUUUUACCAUAUAUUGUUAUGCUUUCAGGUCACAUUUCCUUUUUUUUUUGGAGGGGGGGGUAUAUCAGAGUACUACGAAACUGAGGUUUACUUAACAGAUCUGUUUUCUUAUUUUUGAAUCUUGUAACCGCAGAUCACCUUUAAAAAUUUAUUUUCAACAUUUCUUAAAAGGUGAUAUUAUAUUGAUUAUCAGUCUCAUUUGAAAUUGUACAUUUUUGUAGUCUAAUAGAAAAUUCUUACAAUCUCUUACAGGUUGUAUGAUAAAGCACAGUUCUGUAUUUUCGCCAACAGAUGACCUUACGAAAUAUUAAGCGUAUAGAUAAUGAACGCUUUAAUCGGUGAACAGCAAGAAAAUAAUAAAAAAAAAUACAGACCAUACUUGAAUAUGGCAAGGUGUUUUUCUUUGUAAGUUGCAAGACUUAUAUUUGUGAAUUCAUUUUGGAAUGAGAAUGAUAAAAUGAUGUAUAGAAUACUCAGCAAGGGUGAUUUUAAGAGGAGGUUGAAGGGAUCGUUUUAAUGGUCCAGUGACGGUUUAUUUCUUAAUUGGUGUAGUGCCAUUUCGUCCAUUACCAACUCGUCUACUAUCUUUUGCAUACGUAUCCCGACACAAGCACCCGCUGCUUUCUGUUUUACAUCUUCUUCCAUGUACAUAAAUUACAUAUUGUAUUUACAUUCAUUGUUAUUAUAUAACACGAUAUUAUUAAUUUGUUUAUUUUAUAUGAAAUUGGAAGUAACCUGUGUGAUGUCGAUCGGAAGAAAAGAAAUGAUUACUUGAAUUGAGUAAAAUUUGGUAUACCAUCAAUUCGUCAACUCACCACAUGGUCUAAUUGCCAUUUCGUCCACUCACAAUUUCAUCUAAUAACUAGUUGGUCCAAUAGCCAUUUUGUCUAAUACAGUUCGUUCUAUAUUUGGACUUAGUGUUGAUAAGGCGAAAUAGACGCAAACGAAAUGAACAUUAGACCAUCUGGUAAUGAGACGAAAUGGUGAUAAGACGAAGUGAUGAUGGACGAAAUGCCAUUAGACUACAUGAAGAACGUGAAGAGUGGAUGAGUUGGCAGAUAACAAGAUCAGUUAAAAAAAAACUGUUUUACAUCAUGGUCCUGACAAAGAAUACAAAUUGGCAAUUUACCCUACAUACCAGUAUACUCCUUGUGUAUUUACAAUUGGGAAGUCUUUAUUAAUCGAAUAGUUGUAAAGUAAAUAAUUCAUUUUAUGUUUUCAACAAUAGUGAAUAAGUACAUGCGACUACCAUGAUCCUUCAACGAGCAUGUCAUGUCACGUGCAAUAUCCUUAAUGAUUCAGUUAUUAUAGCACACUGAUUUGUUUGCAGUAAAAAUGAUCAUCACUUUAUGAGGGAAAUCAGUGAAAUUUUAAAGUGACAUUAAGUUUUUUCUAAGCCUCGCUUGCCAUGCGUGAUUAUAAUAGUUUCCUCCAAAGUAUUUUUCAGUGUCCCAUUUUUUACUCUCUAAAUAUGAGUGUCCUAAACUGGUAGUACUGCAGACUUUCGGAUUUAUGAUGAUAUAUUAUCAAGGCUCAAAAUAAACAGUUUUACACAAUCACCAAUCACCAAGCCAAUUCUGUCAGAAUAUAUAAUACACAUUUAAUUACC